AUGGAUGCGGGUGGAGCGGAGGUGCCAUCGACACCUCCCGUCAAGGUGGUACCUGAGUCAACCGUGCAGAAGGAGGGUACCGCAGAGAAUGCUGCGGCCCAGAUAUUUGAUACUGUCGACUCGUCCAACAACCUGAUCUCUCCCAAUGAGGGAGACGAUUUGAGUUUGCGGUUCACUGCUACAGGGAAGCAACAUUCUGAUGCUGAGCCGCAAAAAACUGGCGAUGAAGCGCGGCAGCAUGAUGCUGGGCCGCAGAAGUCUGCGGAGCUAGCAAACGCCAAGGCGGCAAAUGUUGCCUUGGGCAAUGAAAAAGCUGCGGCUGAGGCCGCAUCAGCUAAAGCGCUGCAGGCAAAGGAUGAGGCCCUGAAGGCGCUGGAAGAGGCCAAAGUGGCCGGGGCUCGUGCCUCAAAGGCCCUUGAAGAGGCCGCGGAGAAAGAGAGCCGUUCUUCCAAGGCUCUGGAAGAGCUGAAUGCGGAGCGCAUUCGUUUGGAUAAGGUUGUUGAAAGCCUGCAGGCUGAGGUGCAGGCGCGGGAGGUCGCGGUUACGGACCUUACUGCCCGCGUGUCUGCUGCGGAGCAGCGGGCCGCCGCUGCUACUGAGGCCAAGGAUGCCUUGGCACAUGGUAAUCUACGAGAAGAUGGACAUAUUGGGUGUUACAUAAAAGUUAGCUUGCGGCAAUGGCACUACAAUGAACGCAAACACCCAAUAUGUCAUCUUUCUAGAAGAUUCCGAAUGAUACCUGAGUUGCAGAUAGCUGAUAGGAACUGA